CCAAUCACACAAAAAAUCCCAUGUCAUGUGUGUCUGUUGUGGGUUUUUCCAAUUAUAGAUAUCUGAGAGAAAGUGUCGUGUAAAAACAGCAAUGGAGUCUUUUGAUGAUGACCCUUUUGAGUCCUCAUCAAGUAAAGAUCAUCAAAAAGUGGAAAAUGUUCAUAAUCUUUUAGAAGAUGGUUGGUUCUUUGGUGAACUACUUAGCAGAAAACCAAAAGCAAUGCCAAGAUGCUAUUCUGAUCCUUCUCCAAAUUUUAGUCAAGAAAUUAUAUCAGAAAGUUAUUAUUUACUCAAUCCUUCAAAAAAGAAACCUGCAGCUAAAAAUUUGAUCAGAGCACCUUCUUUGCCACCUUGUAUUGGGAGAAGAUCAGAAGAGAGAGAAAUCAAGAAACUCAGCAGGCAAUUAUCAGAUCAAGAUUUGGUUCAAGAAGCUGGUGAUAGUUGUAAAGGGAAGAUAGAAGAGAAAGAGAGACCAUUAAAACAAAGGUUAUUAAUUAGAACACCAUCUCUACCACAUUGUAUAGGGAGAGAAGAAGAGAUUGAAGAACAUGAAUCUGAUAUUACAAUGAGCAAAUUGAUUCGCCAAGCAAUGCCUCAUACUUCAAAGGGCUUGACACAAACUUCCAGCAUGUCAAAGUACAGACCACCAAGAAGCUGGAAGGUGGAAACAGUUGACACAGUGAAGGAAACAAAGAACUCAAGUCGGAGGAAUUUGAAGAAAAGCCUAAGCAAUCUUGAAUCCCAAAUUGAAGGGUUCAAGGACUUAGAAUUCCCAUUUAACAAGCAAGAUUUGAACCCAAGUAAAGCCGGCAUUAUCCCUGUUUCUGAGAACAAGAAAAAACAAAACCAAGAUCUAGACCAAGAUAAGGUUAGGAGGAGGCCUUGUCUUUCCGAGACGUGGCAUGUGCAAAGUUGUGCAUCUCCAAUUCCCAUUUGGGCUGCCAAAAGUUCAACUCAAGACAUGAAAGCACAGCUCAAAUGUUGGGCUAGAGCUGUGGCAUCUAAUGUCCGCUAAAUCCUAAAUUCUAAAUCUUAAACUCAUCAAAUAGGUUAAGAAUGUUCUUUAUUUGCUAAUCAAUUUUUUUUAUCAUUUUGUAAUUCCUAACAUUCUUUGGACUUUUGAUGAGUGUUUAUAUUGGUCCGAGUGAGAACAACGUUAUAUACCAUAUUGGAAUGAAGAAACAACAAUUCCUGUUGAUCUUGAA